GCCUCAAAAUCAAAAGGUUGCCAGAAGAGCCGCUCGGUAGAACUGGAUCGCAUUUGGAUUUCAGGAGCCAACGUUUCCGCAUAGCUUGGACGAAGAUGCUCCGCCAGAACACCAGCACCAGUCUGCUCAAUCUCAGCAUCGGCGAUGGAGGAGGCAGCCACGGACAGACGCAGUCCCAGUUCCAAUCCCUGGAUAUGGAUGCACUGCCCAAGCAGUUUGUGCUGUCCAUGAAGAAGCUCUUCGACAUCCUGGACGACAAGCAGAGCGGCUACGUGCGCUUCACGGACAUCCAAAAGGGCUGGCAGGACGACGGCUCCAAGGGACUGCCGCGCGGAGUGCUGGACUCACUGCGUCGGGUCACUCCCAGCAGCGGACUGCUCUCUUUCGAGCGCUUCUGCGCCGGCCUCAAGUUGUGCCUGCUCCGCAAUCAGCAGCAGGCCGUGGAGGACUUAAAGAUGCGUCCUCGCUCCCAGGUGAAUCUGGCUCCGGAAAUGGACUACAGUUCGCCUGCUCCGCCGCCGAAGCCACCACGCCAGGUGCCCAAAUCUCCGGCCCUGGGAAAGGCCGACAUACGACAUGCCCUCCAAAACUGGCAGCUGAACAUGAUGGCUGAUGCGGGAAAGCCCAAGGUGCCGCAGUCGAGGGAACAGUUCGAGCACCGUGGCUCGGCGGAUGGCGGCUCCUCCUCCACCUCUGCCUCGGCCACCGACUGGAGCCUGGCUCUUCCCGCUGUGCCCAAGAAGACGAGCAGCAAGCGCCGGGAAUCGCGGAGGCACACUCUGCAGCAUGGCAUCGAUUACAACAUGCUGAAGCGACUGAAACAGCUGGAGGAGCAGCGGGAACUGCUCCUGUUUGGACUCGAUGGAGUGGAAAAGGCGCGCGACUGGUAUAUGCAGCAGGUGCUCAAUGUCCAGGAGCAGAUCAAGUACUUUGGCCGCUUGGGAACCAGAUUUGAUCAAUGGUCUGAACUGCAGCAGGAGCGGCUCAACUUCCAGCGGGCCCGCGUUCUGGAGGCCAAUCGCAGUCUCCAGAUUCUGGCCGACACCUGGGAGCACGGCGGCUACCCACUGCACAUCAAUCUGGCUCUGCCGACGCCCGCCGUUCCGAAGCCCAGGCAGAUGACCGAUCUUUUGAGUCGCGUGCGCGAGAAGACGCCUCUCCUCUCGGACCUGUACGAGCCACAGCACUCGCACUCGCAUCCGCAGUUCCUGCGUGCCAUGUCCAACUUUGUGCUCAGCCAGCCCUCGCCCGUCAGCCAAUCCUCCGCCGGACUGGGCGACGCCGAUGUGGUCUACUGA